AGCCAGCGUGGAACGGGCGAACAUUCGGUUUAUCAUCAAGGCCCACAGGGAAGAUGAGGAUGCUGCACAGUCCGAGGAGGACGCUCAAUUUCCGCCUGUGAUUACAAUAGAAUGCAAGACAAUAUAAUCAUCAAAUUGGGUUGUUCAUAAAGUGGACCAGAAAGACUCAUCCACAUAAACUUCUUGUUACCUCCUGGGCGUCGUCACCAGGAGGACCACAGGGUGGCACGCUGAGGCCUCUUUUUUUCUUUUUUUUUUUUCCAAGCACCGUUUCGAGACUAUUUGAAUGACUUCUGACUGAAGUUGUUUGACAAUUAUUAAACAAAACGCCUCUCUCGAUGAGGCUCACGUGGAGCGCCAUGCUGCAGCACAACAACAAUAAUAAUUACCCGUGCCUGAAGGCGUCCCCUCGUGAGGCCCCUCUCAAAUGCCCCUUGGGCUCCCAGCCACUCCCCAGCAGGCUGGAACUCGGCUUGGCGGACCUACCGCUCAUCCGGGGCCUGCGAGCGUGGGCGCUGUGCUCCAAGAACCGACAGAAGGGCGCCACUCCGCCGAGCGGCGCACCAGUAACACCCCCCACCGGUCGGAGGACUUCUUGUCCCAGGCCGGCGGAUGUGCACUUAAGCGGGACGUGGGGUCCGGGGUAUGGCCUACCCCAAGCCGGGGCGGGCGCCUUGGUGACGGUGGCCACUCUGAAGACAUCCGAAGGCAACGGUAAAACGCAGACUCAGUGUCUCUUUCUGCGAAAUGACAAAGGUUUGUACUCAACAUCUGGUGGGAUCAGCGGGGCCGGAGCGUGGCUCAGAGGGAAACCUGGGACUGGACGGCGGGACGUUUCCGCUCCCCAAACGCAGACUGCGGCGAGCCGAGUUCGAGUUCGGUCGGGUCGCAGAUGGAGAAAGUCCACUCACCCGGUUGGCCGAGAGAAAAGACAUCCUGACGAAGAAGUUGCUGAGAAUCAGGAAAAACAAGGCAAAGCUAUUCUGCAGCGUCUCGUCGCUACUGAAGAGGAAGGCUGUCGGGAACAAAGAGGACCAAGACAGAAAGAGGGAGCCUGUCAGAAAAUCUGCAGACCAGCUGCGAGUCCUGAAUGCCUUCAGAAUACUUCCGAUGAGGAAACCCAGAGGAAGCCCAGUCACGUGGUCAGCCAAGACAAAAAAUUGGACCCGGUCUGCCAGACCGGUCUUGAUGAGAGUCCCUGUCUCCUAGAACUGAUUGGAUGCUUUGAAAACGCUUUCAAGAGUGAGAGGAAGUCUAGUCAUGUGGCCUGCCAAGACAAAAGAGUCCCUGAUGAGGAAGUCAUCAAGAAGCAGGAAGAGCCAGACAAAGUCAGUCCGGAGCACCUCGCGAGUCCUGCAUGGGGGUUCUGUCAGGAAAGUCGAGAGCUGUGGAGUGCUGGAUGCCAUCGGAAUGUUUGCAAAGAGGAAAGUGCGAGGAGAGAAGGCACUUUGUGUGGGGAGAUACCAGGAACAAAGAGAGAGUUGGAAAAGAAUUCGGAGGAGAACGAGGAGGGGAAGGGUCUCUGCAAGAAUGGUCCAUUUAUUUUGUUGGGGCCCAACCCAGACGUGGAAUUUUCUCACUCUCACUCGGAAUGUAAGGCCGGCAAAGACUCCAUAAACAUAACAAAGAGACCAGAUGAGGAAAAGAGAAUCAUCCAGACGCCUUUUGAUGACAUCACAGCCGCAAGCAGAUGCAUCGAGGAUCCAGAAGCAGAAGGUGAGCUUUGCCAGGUUGGGAGAGCGCUCGGGAACAUUUGGCCUGACCCGGAGCCGGAGCACAAUGUGAUCAACACAACAGAAUCUUCUUCAAGAAGAAACGUUAGAGUGGACUGUGAGGAAGGGAAAGAAACUGAUUGGACGCCAAAUGAGGUAACUCCCGUUGGCCCCUGCCUGCAUAAUCCCACCCUCGCCCUGCCCAGCUCGGGCGCCAUGGCAACCAGUCAGCCCUGCGUCGAGUCAGAAGAAGUAGAAAAAAGAGGCCAAGACGGGAUAGAGCUGGAGAGCCGGGACAAAAAAACGGAGGAAGAGGAAGAUGAGUUUGGAGGGUUUAUGCAAGCGGAGGGAGAAGAGUCCAGCCGGGGCGUCGCCGAUUCUGUCCCGGUGUCUUGUGGGAGCUCAGCGGCAUUCGCCAGCAGUGAUUGGAAGCCCACCUGGAAGGGAAGUACGGACACAUGGACGGCUUUUCCACGGGAUGUGUGGGACCAAGGUCGGGAUUCGGUGGGACAGUGGUGGCCCGACGAGGAAAUUACGGAUGAGGUAGAUCAUAAACUGGGUUUUCUCUUUGCCACAGCUUUUCCCUCGCUGCCCACCUCGGCCCCACGUCAUCCUGCAGACGUCAUUCCCACAUUGACGCAGCUCCUCAGAGAAAGCAGCAGUCAGGAGCAGCGGCUGUUGGAGGGUUUACAUGACGUCAGCAAAAUGUCCAUCCACAAACACAAGCGAGGUGUCAGCGUGUCCCGAGGUCUUCUGCUGAGCUCCUUACACGUGGAGCAGCCCAGCAGCGACAACCAAGCCACUAAUAGGUGGUCGAAUCGGCGCCCGUCCCCUGGACUGCACUCACCCAAUCGGUACACUCACAACGUGGUGGCCAAACGGCGGCUGUCGUAUGACUACAACAGGAGUGGGCCAGAGUGACGCAGGCUUCCGGUCAGCAUUCAGUUUUUUUUUUUUUUUACAAACAAAAACAAAAGAUUUCUGGAUGAGGACUAGAAAAUUUUAAGAUUCACCACCACACAUAUGAAAAUACAGGAGACACACUUGUCAGAAAUUAUUACAUCGUUCAUGUUGCUUCUCACCUUUUAGGAAUUGUUGUCCCAGAAAUUCCUGUUCUUUUCACUAAUUGUAUUUUUCUAUCUUUUGCCAACAUUUUGUGUAUUUUUUUUUUAAUGUAGGUUACAAGAAUGCUUUUGCAUACAGAAGAUUGCUGUCACAUCUAGCACACAACCACUCAGUAGAAAUGAUUUUUGAAUUUUUUUUUGUUACACCGCUGAUUGUUGUCAUACGUAGGACUCAGCCACAAAGCUCCGCAACUCCUUUUUUCCAGGAAGUGGAUUUUUUAAAAUGAGGAUUGCAACCACCAUUUUGUGUUUUUAAAAAUAAAUAAAAAAACACCAUCCAUGCCUGCUCAAUGGUCAACCCUCAGUGAUCGCUUUUAACCAGUAGAUGGCGCUAAGGAGCGCUCACAUGAUAUCCUGUGUUUAUAUAAGGCCAUGAUUUGUUUUUUUGGGCCUACUCCUCCACAUUUACAAGUUGGCCCCGAGCAGGAAGUCACCUCGCUUCCAACUCGGACUCAACUAUUGGCUGUAUUCCACUUUCUGUCCUUUCCAUGCUGUCAAUCAAAGUGUUGCUAUGGGAACGUGCUAGGUUUACUUUGUGGACUGAAUGGCUGUCACUGGUUUGUUUGUUUGUGAUGUCCUGCUGUGUUUGUAUCAUAACAACUUUCAUUGCAAUGAGGAAAGCCUUGACCAGAUCAUCAAUAAAUUGAUGCUGCUU